GUACGUCACGCCAAUGCAGUGAUACGCCGCGGGGCGAGCGGUGCGCGCGCAUAAACCUCGCGCCAAUAACUCGCCGUCGCACAUGGCAAGCGCGCGCCUCUGUGGUAUCGAACACUCGGCUGAUACACACCCGAUGUGAAAUUGUGAAAAUUCUGUGUUAAAAUAAGUGAUAAGUAUACAACAUUUUCGAGUUAAACACGUCCACACAGCUUGCCUUACCUUGUGAUUGAAUGUGUUAGAACAGCAGUGAGCGGGCGAUGGGCGAGCGCAUAGGGCGGCAAGCGCAAGCGCGCUGAGCGGGCAUGUGGGCGCGCUCGGCUCGAGUGCUGCGGCGCGUAGUGCUGCUGCUCCCUUUGCUGCUGACUGCUCUAGCGUUGCUGCUGCUGCCGCGUCCCACGCAGUACAGCCCGCCCGCGCGGCUGCCCUCGCCGCCGCCGCCGCCGCUGCCGAGGGAGGAAGCGCAUAUACAGAACUCAAUAACAGAGGAUGAAAACGAUAUUCCGGUGAAGGGCAUUAACCAAGACAUCGAAGAUGAGCCCCGGCUACCUUGGUUCAUGUCUGGCGGCGAGCAGCGUCCGUGGCAGCACGACCCUGGGGCUAAGCUGUUCCCUGAAGAUGCCCCUGGCGAUGACAGAAUUGUCCAACAGCUCACUUACACAUUACCGAAGGACGAAGACGUGCCUAUAAAGAAGAUACUACUAGCGAAUGGUCUUGGCACGUGGGGAGUGUCCGGCGGACGCACGGAGUUCAUCCGGAAUAAGUGUCCGGUGGACGCGUGCAGCCUCACCGCGGACGCGAGGGAGGCGUCCACCGCGGACGCCAUAUUGUACAAGGAUCAUCACAUCCCAUUCAGUGUGCAACGACCACCAUAUCAGAUCUGGAUCCUCUAUUAUUUGGAAUGUCCGUACCACACGGCGUCUCUCAGACCCACAUCGCUGGACGUGUUCAAUUGGACCGCCACAUACCGCCGCGACUCGGACAUUGUAGCUCCUUACGAAAAAUGGGUGUACCACGAUGCGUUGUUCACGGAGAAAGAACCCGAGAGGAAUUAUGCAGCAAAUAAAACGAAGAAGGUAGCGUGGUUCGUUUCAAACUGUCACGCACGCAACCGUAGGCUGCAGUACGCGAGGCAGUUGUCAAAGUUCAUCUCUGUGGACAUUUACGGCGCCUGCGGCUCCCACCACUGCCCUCGCGCCGACCCCAACUGCCUGGAGAUGCUGGACAAGGAAUACAAGUUCUAUCUGGCGUUUGAGAACUCGAAUUGCCGCGACUACGUCACCGAGAAGUUCUUUGUGAACGGCCUUCAGCACGACGUGUUGCCAAUAGUAAUGGGGGCUCGGCCUGCUGAGUACGCGGCGGCGGCGCCCCUAAAUUCGUACAUCCACGUGGAAGAGUUCGCCGGGCCCGAGGAGCUGGCGGCUUAUCUGCGCCGCCUCGAUGAGGACGACACGCUCUAUAACUCGUACUUCAAGUGGAAGGGCACAGGGGAGUUUAUCAACACGUACUUCUUCUGUCGCGUAUGCGCAAUGGUGCACGCGAAUUCGCGCCGACAACGCAGCGCGCACUACACGGACGUGCAGGCGUGGUGGCGCGACGGCUCGUGCACGCGCACCGACUGGCGCCCGCCGCAGUCGCCGUGACUGGACGCUGCUAGACCAUUUGUUACGCCGAGCCAUUGAUGAAUUAUUAUUAUUUAUCACCCAUACAAUGUAUCAGCAGGUAGCUAGUUAUCUAGUCUACGUAUUAGUGCACGCAGCGCGCACUACACAUCGUGCAGGCGUGGUGGCGCGACGGCUCACGCACGCGUACCGACUGGACGCUUUUAGAGCAUUUGUUACGCCGAGCCAUUGAUGACAUAUUAUUAUUAAUCACCCUUACAAUUUAUCAAUACGUAGCUAGUUAUCUAGUCUACGUAUUAGUGCACGCAGCACGCACUACACAGACGUGCAGGCGUGGUGGCGCGACGCAGGCGUCAAGAUCCUUACAAAAGCAUUUAUAACGCAGGUCGCAGGGCCAUUGGUAAAUUAUUAUUAUUAAUCAAUUGAUAAUUUAUUAUUAUUUAUUACUAUAAUUUAUACUCUUACUUCUUCUAUCUCGCAUGCGCAACGGUACACGCGAAUUCGCGUAGACAACGCAACGCGCACUGCACAUACAGACGAAUCGUGCCCACUUAUAAGCAUUUAUAGCUAUAUAUUUAUUCAUUCCCAUUCGGUAAGUGUAAUUAUUUGUAAAAAAGUAAUAGAAGAAUAGGUACGCCUGUGGCCUUACUCGCCUUGCUCACGCAGACGAGGACUUAAUUAAACACCAUUGCCCAUUAGAGGCCGUACAGACUACAUUAGUAUUUUAGUCGAGUACGAACAAUUUUUGGAUCUACCGCCCAAAAAUCGUUCGUACUCGACUAAAAUACUAAAUUAGUCCGAACUAGGCCUUAGGCCCUGUCAUACUGGACAUUUCUUAGUAGUAAAAGAUGUCUAGCAUUUGAUGAUUAAAGCACGUCAAUGAUAUAAAGAUACUUUAUGUAUAUGUAAUAUGUAUUAUACUAAAUUUUUAUUGUUGUUCAACAAUCGAAAAUCGCGAAUGUGAAAUUUAAUAUGUACUGAAAAAAAAUAUUUAGGUGCUUUGGAGUACCUAAUUACAUAAAUUAAAAUACCUAUUGGUUAGUAGUAGAUAAUAUUACCAAAAAGAAACAACUACCUACCUAACAUUAUUUGUUUACUCAUUUAAAUAUGACGUCAUGUCAUGUUAAUUUUUUUUUGUAUAAUUUUCAAGUUCGUCAUUUGAGGACUGUAAACUAGGCUACUCGUUAGAGAUAAGGCAAAGCCAAGGAGAGCUAUGUUACGUAAUGUUACUGAACGUUUUUCAGCUAUACUGCAAUUUAUUUGUCUAUGGAUUCUUGAUAUUUUUUUAAACGCACAGAUAUUACUGAAAGACUAAUUUAUCCAUUAUUAUAGUUCAAUAUUAUUAAAAGACUAUUGAACUUUAUAGUCUUUAAUAUUAUUGAAAGAAUGAUUAAUUAUUUAUUAAUUAUUAUCUUUUAAUAAUAUCAAGUUCAUUGCAUACCAUUUAUUCCUCUUCGCUUGCUCGAAGCCCGCUCCCUGAUAAACACAGAGCUUUUACGUUAAUAUUUUACUUAUAAUUAUACAAUAAUUUAAUAAUUUUAUUUUACUAUUUUUUACUUAUACUAUACUUACAUAUAGUAAUUUGCAACAUUUUUUUGUAAAGAAAUAUAGAACCCAAUUUUUAUCGAACCUGUGCAAAGUCAUGCUGAUCGUAUCCUAAACAGAAUAUUACUAACGAUCAAAGGUUUAUUAAUGUCUUGAGCACAAAUAAAACAAUAAACAUUGUUUCUGAAUUGUUGUGAAGUUUAUAUUUAGCACAUUUUGGUGUGCCAAAUGGUUUCAAGAGUGAAUUCAUUGAAACAAACCGGCGCACAGUUGAAUCAUCAAUACAACGAUCUCAAACAUACUUGAUAUUAUAGUAAUCAUUCAUCACGAUACUGAUAUUUUUACUUAUCAUUACAAUUUCAGUGAUUUCUUAUCAAGUGAUAUUGACAUACCUACUGUUCCUUAUAAAUCACCAGCGAUAACUUAUUUUCAAUAAUAUAGUAACUCAACAAAACUGUAACUGUAACCAUCAUUCCAUGUGUCAUAUAAAUAAUUAUAUAUGUAUUCGCGUCCAUUAUUGUAAUGCCCAUGGCAAGUUCCAGUGGUAUUGUUAGUAUAAGUACCUACCAGCGGCGAAGAAAGAGUUCAUGCAAGCCGAUUCCCGCCAAGUUACCUUUAAAAACCAUACAUAUUCAUUGUUGUAACAGUACAACAAUGAAUAUAUAUGUUUUUUAAAGGUAAACUGGAAUCGGCAGAUCUAGAUAUAUGGGAAACCAGAGUUUUUAUCAUGCUAUAUGAAUUUCCUUGUCUUUGGGACGGUUUACCUUCAUCUAAAUUCCAUUCUUCGCCACUGGUACCGCCAUAAUAUAGUAACAUGUAGCUACCCGCCGUACUAUAAUAUAAGAUAUUUUAAUACAUGUUAUAGAUGCAAUGAUUCUUAAAACAUUAAGAAUCAUAGAAAUGAUUUAGAUAAAUGUGGCUUCGUUGUUAGUACCUACUUAGCACAAAGUGUAGUUGUGACUUGUGAACGAGACCUGAUACAUACCAUAAAUUGCAAUGAUUUUACACUUUUUUUUUUAAUUUGUACAAUUUGUACUUAUUCAAUUAAAAUAAAAGUUGUUUAUUAUAUUAAUUGAAUAGGUAGAAAAUGUUAAAAAUUAACAAAAAUAUAAAAUAAAAAAAAUACUAAACGACUUCCUUUGCUGGAGCUUGUUUUGCUAAAAGUUUUAUAGUAAAAGGUUAUUGUGUUAAAUAAUUUUGUUUGCAAUAACAAAGUAUCUCGUUUUAUUAAUUAUUUUUAUUUUGUAUGUAUUCUAUUAUUAGUUAUUUUUAUUUUAUAUAGAUACGUUUAUAAUGUUAGGGA